CCGCCCCCGUGUUUCCCAAACAUAUCUCCCAAUCCAAAUUUAACAAAACCUAAUUUCAAAAUCUUCUUUUUAUGGAUAGCCGGCGAGAAAGUUCAAAAAUCCCACAACAGCGAUAAUAGCUAAAGAUCAAAUCUUUACGCCAAAAAUUUGAUUUUAAUCAAUCGGAGAUGCGCCAUCGGAAGUCAUCAGAGGUAAAUAGACUAGGAUCGGACAUCCUUAAACGACCCGAAACCGACCCGCCUCGUUAUCGGGGCGUACGUAAACGGCCAUGGGGCCGAUUUGCUGCGGAGAUUAGAGAUCCGAUCAAAAAGACUCGAGUUUGGCUUGGCACCUUCGAUACAGCUGAAGAUGUUGCACGCGCUUACGAUGAUUCUGCAUGCGCUCUCCGUGUACCUAAAGCCAAAACUAAUUUCCCUAAUUUAGCAGCUAUAACAACACAACAGGAUAAUAAUCCUUAUGGAUUGAAUCAAUUUGAGCUUUUUCCUAAUUCGAGACCGGCUUCUAGCAGCAUGGGCAGCAUGCUGGAAUCUUCUAGUGGGCCUCGUGGAUCGGGUAAUAAACUGAUCCGGAUAAAAAUUUCUCGCCCGGUUCUUCCGCCGGAAGAUUGCCGGAGUGAUUGCGAUUCUUCGUCGUCGGUGGUGGAUCAUCGUUGUGAUAUCGAUCAAACGUCAUUGUUUUUGCCUAAACAACCUCUGCCGUUUGAUCUGAAUCUACCCCCUCCAUCAGAUGAUGUUGAUGCUGAUGAUUUACACGUCACCGCUUUAUGUCUCUAAUUACUCCUGUUACGGUGAUGUAUGUUUGUUGUUAAUCAAUUUGAUGAUGAAGAAAAAAGAUAAAAAAGAAAGUUUUUUUUUUAGUUUUCUUUGUUAAAGCUGCUUACUUUUUUUCUUCAAAUUUUUCUCGGGAAAAAAUGAUGUAAAACCCAAAUGGUGGAUAUUGAGAAACAAAAAAUUUGGGAUUUUUAGAUAAUGUGUAGAUUAGUGUACUACUGAGUUAUGAUACGAUUUGUAUUAAGAAAGAUUGUAUCUGUAUUUGUAAUCUGUACCACAAAAACAUUGGAUCUGAUCUUGAGUUAUUCUCCUAUCUCUUGAUCUAGUUUUCUUUGCAAUUUUAUUUUUUUGAUUUUACCCUUUUGUAUCA